AUGAAAGAUACUUCAAAUUUUGUAGCAGAUGUUAAGAAAGGAUUGAUAGGAUUUGAACAUAUGAGUGGUAUUGCUGAGAGAAUGAAGGAAAGUAAAACUAGACAGCAAUCAGUAGCUCAUGUUUCCCCAGUUAUUACUUCUUCUGAGACAGAAAGUGAUAAAGUAGCAAAAUUUAAAAGAGUUGAAAGAAAGAAAAGGAAAUCUUCACCGACACCUACUCCUUCUCCAAAAAGGACAAGAGCACUCAGGAAGAAACAACAAGCUAUGAGAGAGCCUAGCAUUCAAAGAAAGAAACUUACACAAAAGAAACUGAUACCUAAGACACAGAAGGAAAUUGAUGAUAUAGCAGACAACCUGAUUGGUUCUUCUGAACUCACUUCAGUUUUAGAUCAAGAAAUGGCAGUAUAUGAGGAGAAAAUAGAAAAUAUUGAAAAGGAGAAAGCUCGAUUAAAGUUAAAAGCUCGAGAGUUAAAGAAAAAACUCGGAGUCACAUAUGAAAGAAAGAAAAAGAAUGAAAGGUCAAUUGACACAAAGGCUAAGAAGAAGCCCAAUAAAGAUGAAAAGGAGGAGGAUAACUCUGACACCCAAUCUAAUGUGGUAAUUAAAGAAGUCAAAAGAAGUGGUAGGAAUGUAGCUCCAAUUUUUGAUGAAUUGGUCCAUGGGAUCAAAGAGUAUGGAGGUUUAGUUGGUGUUGGGAGAAAGUAUCCCCUCUGCAACGAGGAAGACAAGAGAAAAAUUGAAGAUGCACUCAUCUGGAACUUACAUAAUUUAUGUAGAACUCCCUAUGAAUUGCAUGAAGUAAUUCCAUCAGAUUUACAAAAUCUCAUUGAAGGGAGAUGGAAAAUUGCCUUAGCAAUUGAGAAGGAACAUAGAAUAAAGGCACUCAUGGAAGUGCAAAAUGAAUUGGAUUAUAAUCAAGCAAAUUUAGUGGCCGAAGCAUGUGUACAACAUUUCAAAAUAAGGAACAGAAUAGGGAGAGUGUCCAUCAAAGACAUUCAAGGCAUGCAUGAUGAGGGUGUUGACAUGUGGAAAAUGAUUUUGAGCCAACAAAAGGAAGAUGAUGAGGAAAUAGAAAAAGAAGUGAAACAAGGACAAGAUAUAGCUACUCAAGAAAAGAGAAAAGGAAAAGACAAGGACACCACUGAUGGGUUUGAUGAAUUUUCUGUUGAAGAUAUCAUAGGUUAUGUUGUGUCAGAUAUUCCUAAUCUAACAAAGGAUGCAGAGCCAUCAGUUGACCAAAAAUCAACUGUUGAAACUAUUGAUAUUGAUGAUACACUGGCAAAGGACUUUUUAGCUGUAUAG